AUGGUAAUGGUACGCCUAGAAACUUACAAAACUCUAAAACUGAUUAAUAUUAAAAUGGACGGGGUGCUUUCAUUGGACAAUGUUGAAAGCAAAUAUGUAAGGUUUUUGAAAUUCAAGCAUAUAUGUUCCACAUCACACGCUUACGUCACAGUGUGUGAUGUUAUAUCGGCGAUGAAUAAAACAGAUGGCGGGAUUAUUCUUGUAAUAUUUACUUACGUUGUCAUAACGUUAAUAGCUAGAUUUUAUUAUGGAAUUCUGCUAUUCUGGAAGUCACCAAUCCAACUUACCAUAAUGCAAAAUGUAUGGUGUGCCCUCUGUAUAUUUAGAAUAAUGGUAUUUAUUGAGACAUGCCAUGUUAUCAGCUCAGAGGUAACAAAAAUAAACGUGAAUGUGGAUACGCUGAUACAAAAAGUGACGAAUAUUGGGAAGCGAAUACCGUGUGAACUGGAGCUGAUGUCUAAUCAACUUAUGCUUAAUAAACCAAAUUACUCGCCGAUGGAAGUGUUCACACCAGAACGAUCUACCAUUUUGACAAUAAGCAGUGCAAUCCUUACAUAUGUACUAUUCAUGUUGCAACUGAAACAG